AAAGACGGUCUAUUUUGCCCUAAAAAUAAAUGAUCACGAAUACAUAAGAUCUGCAUAUUUUUUGAACCUCAAAUUUUAUUACGAGGAUGGAAAACUAAUUUUCGGGGCCGUCAUAUAGAUUUUCGAUGCCCUAAUGUUUUCCGGACGAGGAGUCUAGGUGAAGGUUUACUUUGUUUCUAUAAAGCCCCGGCCUUAUAGAAAUUGCAUUCUUUCAAAACUAAGCGCCGAGCAAUUGCUCUCUCUCAGGUGUGCAAUCGGAAUAGACGUAACACAUGCGAUUUCAUAUUUACUUCGUUCUCCGCGAACUUCAAGCUUAAAGACCCGACAAACUCCCCAGCAAGAGCAGAACCUCUGUCUCUCUCUCUGGGUGCCAUUGAAACGGGAUGGGUGGAGGGAGAGGUGGACAGAAGCGUGGGCGCACGCACCGAAGGCAGUUCAAGCACAAAAGGGAAAACGUAUGGGAGAGGAACCGCAGACCAGAUGACAACCCUUCUUGGGAACCCUUUGCCACCCAAAACCCUGCCUUUGAAGACUAUUACAAGGAGCAGAAGAUAGUGCCUGAAGGAGAAUGGGAAGAAUUCAUGAGCAUGCUUCGAAAACCAUUGCCAGCUGCAUUUAGAAUCAACUCAAGUGGUCAAUUUUUCCGAGACAUCCGCUAUCAGCUGGAGAAUGACAUCAUGAAGUCCCUUGAUACUGAGAUUAUGGAUGAUAAUGCAGAAGAGGCUAUUAGACCUUUACCUUGGUAUCCAGAGAACCUGGCUUGGCAACUUAAUUUUUCUCGUAUGCAGUUAAGGAAAAAUCAGACCCUUGAGAGAAUUCACGAGUUCUUGAAGAAGGAGAAUGAAAUUGGAAAUAUAACAAGACAAGAAGCUGUAAGCAUGGUUCCUCCUCUUUUCUUGGAUGUAAAGUCUGAUCAUUACAUACUGGACAUGUGUGCAGCUCCAGGUUCAAAAACAUUCCAACUCUUAGAGAUGAUACACCAAUCAGACAAACCUGGGUCACUACCUGAGGGAAUGGUAAUAGCAAAUGAUGUUGAUAUCCAGAGAUGCAAUCUUCUUAUCCAUCAAACGAAAAGAAUGUGUAGUGCCAACUUAAUUGUAACAAACCAUGAAGCUCAACAUUUUCCAAGUUGCCGUGUGAAUCAACAGUGCUUUUCACAACUGGGUCUAGGGAGCGCAUGUCAAAUAUUACCAGAAGCACAUGGUAUUGAAGGGCCACUAGAUCAAGUUGAAAAUCAGCUUCUUUUUGACCGCAUAUUAUGUGAUGUUCCAUGCAGUGGAGAUGGCACACUUCGUAAAGCACCUGACAUUUGGAGAAAAUGGAAUGCGGGAAUGGGCAAUGGCUUGCAUCACCUUCAAGUACAGAUUGCUAUGCGUGGUAUUUAUGUGCUUAAAGUUGGUGGAAGAUUGGUCUAUUCGACGUGCUCCAUGAAUCCAAUUGAGGAUGAAGCAGUUGUUGGAGAGAUUCUUCGAAGAUGUGGUGGAUCUGUUGAAAUUCUUGAUUGCUCUGUAGAGCUUCCUCAAUUGGUGCGCCGUGGAGGCCUUAGGACAUGGAAGGUACGGGAUAGAGGCCACUGGUUGACUUCCUACAAGCAAGUUCCUACAUAUAGAAAGUCUGGCAUUGUACCCAGCAUGUUUCCCUCAGGUGAAGACUGGGAGAAAGUUCCCAAUGGUGAACAGGAGAAUUUUGGGGCACCUGUUAUUAGCAUCGAUCAGGAAAAGCCUACUGGAGAGGAGAGAUCUGAGAGAGGAUGUGGCAUGCAUCAUGAGCAGGAUUCUGCACCCUUGGAGUAUGAAAAUGAAGUUUCAAAUCUUCCGUUGGAACGUUGUAUGAGAAUAAUGCCUCAUGACCAAAAUAGUGGUGCCUUUUUUAUUGCUGUUCUCCGAAAGGUUUCCCCUUUGCCUGAUGUUCAGGGAAAACCAAAUAAUGUCCAUAGAAUUUCUGCUCUUAGAGAUCAUCAGUUUAAAGCAAAUUUGAUGAAGGCAAGUGUUGAAGCUGCACAUGGAAAUGAGAUGGAAUCAUCUGCACCAGCAAAAGGGGACUUUAUGGUGGAGAUUAGUGAAGAUGUAAAUGAUAAUGAGAUAGAUGCAUACGAAGUCGAUUCUUCUCUUGACCAUGAUGACUUGGAUAAAGAAACACCAACUUUUUCUGCACAGAUUGCUAAGGUGGGCUGUUCGGAGAACUGCGAUGAAGACAAUGAAAUUAACGAAACUGAAGAAAUUGGUGGAGAGAAAGGUCUUAACAGAAUCAAGAAAAGGGAACAAGUUCAAGGCAGGUGGCGGGGGGUUGAUCCUGUUGUAUUAUUUACUGAUGAUGCUAUUAUCAACAGCAUAAGGACCUUCUAUGGUAUUAAGGACUCUUUUCCAUUUCACGGCCAUCUAGUGACAAGAAAUAGUGAUAGCCACCAUGUGAAAAGAAUAUACUAUAUAUCGAAGAAAGUCCAUGAUACAUUAAAACUGAAUAUUCAAGUGGGACAGCAGCUCAAGAUUUUCUCGCUUGGUCUGAAAAUAUUUGAGCGGCAGACAUCAAAAGAUGCAUUAUCUCCGUGUUUAUAUCGCAUUUCAUCAGAAGCACUGCCAUUGCUACUCCCAUACAUGACCAAACAGAUUUUAACCGCAACAGUCACAGAUUUUAAGCAUCUUUUGCAGUACAAAACCAUCAAAUUUGGUGACUUUGUUGACAAUAGUUUCAGGGAGAAAGCAUCAAACUUAUUUGUGGGUUGUUUCGUGAUUGUAAUGCAUAGAGAUCAAGGACCCAUUUCAGAUUCCAUCGUUGGCAGUAGUUCGACCAUUGCUAUUGGGUGCUGGAAAGGGAGGACCAACAUUAGCGUGAUGGUCUCGCCAAUGGAAUGUGAGGAGCUGCUCGAGAGGCUCUCUUUGGUCUCGCCACAAGAGGAUAAAGCUAUUAUCAAUACCGAGGUGGAUGCAGUGAAAAGUGUCUCAGAUGGUGAAUUCCAUGAUUGAAACUGUUCUUUUCUUUUUUGCUUUGUUUUAUAAUUUGAGGCAGGUAGUAACUACCUGGAGUUAUUUAAAAAAUUGUAUGCGGCAUUUCAAGCUUGGUAAAAUUUAGUUAUGAAGGACGAGAUGGUCAAAUUGGUGGAGAUUGGAGAGAGGGAGUGAUCAGAGCCCCAAAUUAAACAGUACCAUUUGGUUUUUUUU